ACCCCUUUCCAUGAACGUUGCUAGUGAGCCUCCUAAUAGGAAAAAACAAUUAUGCGCUAGUAACAUAUGACUUGUAUUAAGGAUACACACUUCCGAUCUCUCUUUGUGCAUUGAAACAUAUCUAGCCUGUCCAAUUACACUUUUAACUUGCUUUAUUGUCUCUGUAUUUGCAAUUGUUCUAUUGAAGAUUUUUCCAUUUUGUUCAAUCCAGAUUUGAUAGAUUAUUUCUAUUAUAUUUCUACCAUAUAGAAAGAUGAACCCUUGGAUGACCAACGGUAAAAUAGUAAAUUCAAACUAACAAAUAUCCUAUCUUAUUGACUCUAGAACCAUCAUCUUCGUCAUAUUCAUUCCAAACAAACGUCUUCUUGCAAAAUCUCACUCUUUCUUCUCAAAAAAGGAAUUGUUCAUCAUCUCCAGAAACUCCAGAAGGAUCUUCCAUCAUCUAUUCAUUACUUCUCAUUCAACUCUUUUCUUCGUAUUAGUUUUAACACUGGUUUCCUUUUUGUUUGAGGUCUACUGGUUUCCUUUUUGUUUCAGGUCUACCUAUUUUGACACAAACGCUUCAGUUAAAGCUUAAAGCAUCGGAAGAAUCGGUUAUUCGUAUUCGGAAUCAGUAUCUUGCUCUACACGCCAAAUUGAAAGAGAAAGAUGAAACAAAUGAGCGCAGUUUAUGUAGUGGAUGAUUCAGUGAAGUUCAAGGAGGCUGUCAAGCAUGGGAAUUUGAUUCCCCGCUACUGUGUGAUUGAGGCUCAACCGAUAAUGGAAAUUGUUGCAAAAGAGAACAUGGUGACAAUUGUGGAUCACUUUGAAGGAAGCAGAACUGAGGAAUUUUUGGAAGAUCCAAUGAUCAAUCCUCAUAAGAUUAUGGAAAAAUGGAAACCUCAAUGCAUAGAUGAGCUCCCUGAAGCAUUUUGUGAACAAAAACAUGCACUCUUGACAAAGAUUGCAUCGGUGAGGGAGGUAGUAAUAGGAGCCCUACUGAGAGCAGUUUUAAACAACUCGUUACAAGGACAGUUCCUCCUGAUCUAGGCUAGCCCAUUGCCUUGGUUCAUUGUCCUGACGAGUCUUUCUUCCAUGUGUCUCAGGUGAGUAAUUUUAUCCACUUUAUAAUAUGCCCAAGACGGGGGAAAUUAUAGUUUAUGUAUAUAAACUAAAGUUUAAUAAACACGAAUCCAUUUCAAAAUGUUGUGGUGAAAAGUUAGUAGUUUCUUCACUAUGAAUCCCUUUCCAAAUUCUGCACUGAAAACUUUCUGUUACAUUGUUGAGCUUGGGUGUCAUAGAAAAGCCAGAAUUCUUGAACGUGCGAUUGGAAUUAAAGUCAUUAAGCACGAUAAGUUGAAUUUGCUAUUUCAGUUUUGCGGUAAUGUAUUACUUCUUAUGUCUCAAUUUACUUGACACACGUUCCUUUUUUGCCAGUCCCAAAGAAUGACACAUUUCCUUAUUUAACAAAUGGUUGAUGACAUUAUCAAUAUUUUACCCAUAUUGGAUCCCACGUAUUUGGUAAAAGGUUCACAAAACUGUACCCUCAUGUUUAAAUUCAAUUCAUUAAUCUUAAGGGUAAUUUUGGAACACUGCGAAGUCUUCCCAUAUUUCUUGAACUCCGUGCUCAGUCAAACUACAUGACGACAUAAAUUGGGAUGGAGCAAUCAAACUACAUGGCAUAAAUUGGGACGGAGAGAGUAUGAAUUGUAGGUGCCAUUUCUAUAGUAAUUCCAGCUUCUCAUCAUAUUUCUUUAUGUAGCAGGAAUUAACAAAGCUAAAUCAAACAAUUGAGAAAUUUAUAUGGAUAUUACUUGCAUAUGUAUGAGUUGGUGCUAUUUAGAACAACUGAAGAAAUUGAAAAGCAAUUCGGUUGUAAAUCGUCAAGACUUAUCAUGGUGGGUGAUAGGUCGCUUACAGACAUAGUUUAUGGUAACAGAAAUGGUUUUCUUACUAUUUUGGCAGAGCCAUUAAGUUGUGCAGAGGAGCCAUUAAUUGUACAACGGAUUUGAUUUCCUGAAGACUGAUUUCUUUGAUGAUUGGUACAUAUUAAUUGAAUAAUGACUUACCCUAAAAUAUGCAAAUCAACAUUUUAAUAAAUGUGGUAUCCAGGUUAGCUUGCACACACCUCGACUAAUACACCUAUGUUGAACUAAAUUUCCAAUAGUGUUAACCUCUUGAGCUAUCAAUUUUAACUUUUUCAUGCAAA